GUCUGAUUUUGUCAGGUCGGAGGUCAGCCUGCGCGCCUCCCAUCAUCCACACAGAACAAGGAGCAGUUCGGGGACAAACAAACAUUUACGGGACGGUCCGUGUCCAUGGCUUGUCUUUAAAACCGACAUUAGAGCUACAAACUACGGCGUCUGUUGUAUUUUCGGUAUCGGAGUUAGGAGUUGGGUGCUAACUUAUCAGUUAGUCUGGCUAGCCGCCUUAGCAGGCUGAGAGGGAACCUGGUAGCUAGUAGCUAGACUUCGAGCUAGCUUAACCGAAACGGACAUUUAUCUGAUCGGAGGAGUGAACAGACUGCAGCGGACAUGCAGGACUUACUGGCCAACGUGGACCACAUCAAGUUUGACCUGGAGAUUGCCGUGGAGCAGCAGCUGGGAGCCCAGCCGCUUCCUUUCCCCGGCAUGGACAAGUCCGGGUCUGCUGUGUGUGAGUUCUUCAUGAGAGCUGCGUGUCAGAAAGGUGGGAUGUGUCCGUUUCGUCACAUCAGUGGAGAGAAGACAGUGGUGUGUAAGCACUGGCUCAGAGGUCUGUGUAAGAAGGGAGACCAGUGCGAGUUUCUCCACGAAUACGACAUGACCAAGAUGCCUGAAUGCUACUUCUACUCCAAGUUUGGUGAAUGCAGCAACAAGGAGUGUCCUUUCCUACACAUAGAUCCAGAGUCCAAGAUCAAAGACUGUCCCUGGUAUGACCGAGGCUUCUGCAAACACGGUCCUGACUGCCGACACCGACACACCAGAAGGGUGAUCUGUGUGAACUACUUGGUGGGCUUCUGUCCAGAAGGAAAGUCCUGUAAAUUUAUGCACCCCCGAUUUGAGCUGCCUAUGGGCGCUUCUGAACAGCCUCCUCUCCCACAGCAAAACCAGAACCAGGCAAAGCCCGUGCCUACCAUUGGCCGCUCGUCGCUCUCCUUAAUCCAGCUCACCAACUCCACCCCAGCCCAGCGGCAGCAGAACAACAUGACUACUGUGUCUCAGCAGAACAAUCUAAAUGCCAACAGAGGGCCUCGUCCGCUGGAUCAGGUCACCUGCUACAAGUGUGGCGAGAAGGGCCACUAUGCCAACAAAUGUACUAAAGGCCAUCUUGCCUUCCUGAGUGGUCAGUAACCUUCAGCCUCAAACCCCAAACACCUCAGUGCUGUAGCGCACCACCCCUGAUGUGAGCAGAAGAGAGGAAGGGGGAAGACUCUGCUCUACAUGCUGGUGUAUCUUAAAGACUAACUGCCGCCCGACAGACACGGACAGUGGGAGGGAAACAUUGCUACUUUUUCUGGGGCCUGUGGACACAUGAAAGUGACAAGAAAAAAGGUCGUCCGGCCUGAUUUGCUGGGUUUGUACAGUACAGGUGACUUUGAAGAGUCACUCCCGGGGUCCAGACUGCUGCAAACACCAAUACAGGUGCUGUUGUUCCUCAGGUCAUGUGACUGCAGCUGCCAUUGCUAUGUUCCAAGUCUGACCGUGAAAACAAAUCGAACAAAUGUGAUAAACAUCUUAGGAAUGUAAUUUAGCUUGUACUCAGCAGCCAAAUCCACACUCGCUAUAAAGGUCUCAUUCUGGACAUUUCAGCCUCGGUUUAGCAGCUGUGUGUGGCAGGUACAGCAGUACACAGCAGCUGGAAGAGACGCUUUGUUGACAGUCUGAACAUAUUCUGUCUGUACAAAUAAAUGUUCUUGUUACA